AUGGACGACAGGUGUACAGGGACGUAAUAAAUCGGUGUCACCUAGGAAAUAAUAUUGAUGUUUUAUAUACUUAAAGUAUCACUGCAGGAUGAUCCAUAAUUUUGUUAUGAGUUGGAGGUAAAUGGACAAAUUUUCCAUUAAAUGUUCAAAAAAUGACCACGACUCAAUAUUUAAUACACCCGAGUAUCGGUUGUCAUGAACGCUAAAGAUUUGAGAACCGAUUCUGCUCUGGGUGGACAUAACAACGAUGGCAGCACAAAGUACGCCCAGAGCGGCAAUUCACUACAAAAUAACUCUAAAUCAUAUCAAGAUAUUGGUGCAAAUCCUUUGGCUAAAGUGGAUGUACAGACCUCGAGGCCGUGUGCGAUUAUCGGGCCCGAUCGAAUUUUGCCGUCGCCAAACUGCAACGAUGGCUUUGCGAAAAAAAUAAUAUCUGAUUCGUGGCCCUGCUCAGACAAUAUAUAUCGGCAACCUCCAGAUUACCCGCAUAAGAUUUCUGAAUAUCAGCCACCAAGAAACAUAUCUCCUAGACAAACAUUCCAAGAAAACAUGCAAAGAAUAAUGGUGACACCUUAUAAUUCAACCAAAAAAGUUGAUGAACCAAACUUCCCUGUGGACAGAAAUGUUGCUAUGCUAAAAAAUGUCAAAGUUAAUUUGCCUUCAGAGGCAAAGUAUUGUGAUGUGCCUUAUACAAUUGGACCAGCUUGUAAUGAACAAAAAAACCUCAGAGUUGCAGAAAUUCCUGUGGCUAAUUUAAAUCCUGGAAUUCCUCGAAAUGGCCCUCAUGGAUGGCCACCUAAUAAUGUUAAUAUCAGACCUCUAAGACCCUAUGGUGCUCCAGAACUCUACCAGUAUUCUGAAUAUCCCAGUUGUGCUGGUCCAAGACCAAUGCCAAUGAUAAGACCUCAUCGAACAGUUCAAGAAGACCCCAGUCGACUGUAUCCUGAGCAGUAUUAUCAAGAUCCAAAUGUUCGAUUUAGGCCAUAUCCAUCAAAAGGGAGGUAUCCACCUGGCAGGUAUGAAUAUAUAAGUAAUUAUCCGAAUUCAUUCCACCCACCAUUCUCACCUCAUGCCUUUGAUCCACAAAAAUCAGCACCCCCACAUUCUUAUCCACUCUAUCCACAAGUUCCAAUUAAAUAUAUUGAUAGAAGGAUGGGGGAACCAAUAUUGGAUGCUUACCAAAGGCCUAGUCCACAAGCAAAUGUUGCAUACCGUAACCAAAUAUUUCACCCUUCUUAUGGGACUCUGCAACCAAAUUGUAUACAAAAUAAUAUGUUCCCUUAUCCUUCUGAUAGUUCAAAGUCGGUGAUGCCAAACAAAUUACCUUACACUAACAACAAUAAGUUAUAUCUUGAUUAUGAAACGUCCCAGAAUAAAAAAAUUACAGUUUCCGAUAGUGUAUACUCAAAUGAUGCUAAUCAUACAAACUCUAUGAAAGGUGAAAUCGUAUAUCCUAAUUAUCCACCUGUUAAUAUGCACGGAAUUUCUCAGCUACCACUUUACCGAAAAGAAAAUGUUCCUAUGAAAAAUUUUGAUUAUGUACCGCAUAUUAGAAAUUUGGACCCUUCAGCAAAUUUUCAUAACCCAUUAUUGAGACAUCCUAUACAUUUCUCUCCAAAUGCUGUUGCGAUUUCUCCAUCUGAUUCAAAUACCAGCAAUGAUACAGCUCAGACACAUGCAACUCAAGAAGAUUGUGGUUAUGUCAGUCAAUCAUCAACUGCUAGUGGAAGAAGCUUAGACUCACAUAUGAAUGGUUUUCCAAGUGAUCACACAUACAGAUCACCUGAUUAUAGAUAUGGAUAUUUACCUAGGAAUGUCACAGCACAGGUUCCUAACAAUAGUAAAAAUUCCAAAGUAAAAAAAGACUUGAAUGUAAGACAAUUUCUUCAAAUGUGGAAUGAAGGGGAUGAUGAACCAAGUGAACAGAACAAGGAAGAGACACUUCCAAAGGGUGAUGAGUUAAAGAACUUGCAGACUCAUCAUGACAAUGCAAAUAAACAAGAACAGCUCUAUGUUCUAGGUUUAGUUAAUGUACCUAGUGAAGAACUAGCUAAAUAUGACCAUAUACAAAAAAUUUCAAAGUUGCCUGAAAAUAUCAAAGGCUAUAAUAAUAUCGAGUUACUUAACCAAUUCGAAGAAGCUAUUGAAUCAACAAAUAUGAGACAAUUUAAUUUAAAACCACAAAAGGAAUACCAUGCCCCAUUGAAAAGUACCGUGGCAAAACAGCCAAUGAGCAUACCCCGGCCAGUAUCACCUCUAGAUGUUGAAGCGAAAAUAAGCCAGUCAGUUAUUCACAAAGAAGUAGGAUGUAAUUUUGAAAUUAAGCCUUGCAGCCCAAAAAUGUUAAAUGUUGAAAUUGCUACUCCCAUUCAAAAUAUAUUAGAUGAAAGAAUAAUUGAAAAAGUAUCCAAUCCCAUUGCUUUGAAACCAAAUGUGUUACACAAAAAUGAUAAAACAAACAUUGAAAGAAGUUUUCCAAAAGCACAACAUUUAAAUUGUGAAAAUACUUCAAAAGAUAUUAUCGCCAGUUGUUCUAUGGAUAAUUUACAGUUCAGAAAUGAUAAUUCCUUAGAUCCUGGCAAACAAAAUUAUAAUUUACAACAAUAUUUAGAAUAUUCCAGUGUAUGUUUAUCGUCUUUACCUCGACUAGAUAAUGAUAUUGAAUUAAAUUUUCCCGAAAUUAAUCAACAGUUUAUAAAUGCCAAUAAUAUGGAAUCCGUGACUUCGCCUACACCUAUUAAAGACUUACCCAUAUUGGAUUCUGAUCAGAAAGACGGAAGCAACAUUAAAAAUGAAAUUGAAAAAUCAACUAAAUUAUCGCACUUUUCUCCAAAUACAGAAACUGAAAACAAUGUUUCAAAACUGAGUAAAUAUCGUAAAUUAAGAAAAAGUGAUUUAGAAUCUAAAGAAAGCCAAUUAAGUCCAUUAACGAAAACACAAUUUAGGACAGACAGUGUUAUUAUCAAAAAUCCAGACAUGAAUAAAAAUCAUGAAAAUGAUUGUAACAUUAUUCGUGAUUGUAACGCAGAUAACGAGCAAAUUACUAAGAAACCAGAUUUAGUUCUUAAUGAUAGCAUUACAUCGCCUCAUACUCUACAAGACGAAACAAGUAUGAAAUGUCUAAUUAAAACUAAUUUAGAUCAGGAACAAUGUAACAUUUUGCCAAAAAUAAAUAACGAAGUGGAUCAAUCUAAUUUGCCUCCAGAUAUUGCAAUUGACUUUAGUUUGAAUAAAAGUAAUAAUGAGUCAAUGAAGGAUUGUUCCCUUAAGGAACAUACUAGUGUUAAUGAUUCGUUGCUUAAUUUAAUCAAUGAAGAGAUGAAUAUUUCAGAGGCAUUUGAUAAAGCCGACUUGUCUACAAACACUAGCUACAACAUAUCAAGUGAAAUUGAAAGUUGCAAUCAUAGUGAUGACAAAACAAAUUUACAAUUACUGAAUGAUCUUGGGGUUGAAGAAUUUUCUGAUAAAAUAUUACCAUCACAAUCUGAUGUUACAGAAACACAUGAUGAAAAAUGUGACACUCCUCAGUCCCAAAAUGAAUUACUUUAUAAUUCCGAAAGAAUAAAUUUGAGUAUAUCAACUGAAGCUGUUGAUUCAAUUCUUGACACUGAUUUAAAUAAAAAUGAUAUUAAUUUAGAAGAAAAACAUAAUAAUACACAAGAUUCUAUAUCUAAAGAGGAUUCUGAAACCAUUACUUCUAUAAGUUGCCGAGCUGAAGAAUCAGAUUGUAUUGAUAAAAAUCAAUAUUCUGAUCACACAAAAGAAAAUUAUUUGAGCCUAGAUAAUGAUUUUGAAAGUAAUAUUUUCUAUCAUGAUAUGUCUGAAAAACAACAAGAUGAUGUACAGAUUGUAGACAGUAAUUUGAUGGUGCCAAUGAAUGCAACAAUCACACCAGAGGCCGAUCGCAGUAAUAAUAAUGAUACAUCCAAAGUUGAGUUCGAAGUACCUCCAAGCACAUCAGAGGAACCUAAAUUCGAAAGUGAUGUAAUGUCAUUGGACGUACAAAGUUGUAGGAAGAAUGAAAUCAAUAAAUGUAGUGAACAUCCUAACGUAUCCAUGCCACUUUCGAGUAAGGACUUCUACUUUAACAAACGGUUAUAUUCGAGAAUAAUUCAAAACCUUCUAAUACGUAAUGAGGAGGCAGUAUUAAAAGAAAAUAAAUCAAUAUUACAAGAAUCAAUAAUAAAUCUCAACAACGAAGAUAACGUUGUCGAUACUAAUAGCAUUCCUAUUAAAGACGAUAUAAACAAUCUUACAUUAGCCAUCUCUGUCAAAUUAGAAGAAGUUUCAGAACAUACCAUGUGCACGGACUCUAAUAACACUGAAGAUAUCUCAGUUCAUAAAAACGAUACAAAUAUUUUCAUCAGUUCAUCUGAAACAAAUACCAUUUCUAUGAAUGAUAAAAGUUAUUCUGGAGGUGAUGAUGAUUUGAAAAGUAUUUGUAGUAGUACAAUUGAUACCAUGCCUGUAUGUGCAGAUAAUGCACCAGAAAACGAGAAAUUGAGUGGCUCAGAACUUGUUGAUAGUUCUAUAAAAGAUAAUAGAGUAGAAAAUGUUAAAACAGAUUAUGUUUCAACAAAUAAAGAAGACGCUGAAAGUUUAAAUUUGGUACCGGCAGAGGAAAGUUGUAAUACAGACGAAGAAAAACAAUCGUCCUGUAAUUUAGAAGAAGAAAUAAUAAGUAAACCUGAAGUAAGCAUUGACCGUCGUUUGCGUUUGAAACGUUCUUUGUCUGAUUCUGCUUUAAAUAUGUAUACCAACGACGACAUAAAACCAAUGAACACUGAAAACAUAUAUUCAAUUCCAAAAAAACGUAAAAAGAUUAAUCCUUGUGAAAUGAUGGAACCACAUUUAAUUGCCCAAAACUUAUGUGAUAUUAUUCAAACGAAUCGUCGUAAUUCCAUCUCGACUUUAUAUGACGAGGAAAAUGUGUCCUUUUGUAUCCUUAUUGAUAAUUCCUGUGUUAUAACAGAAGAUUCUGAAGAAGCACAAAAAAUUUGCUUGGCUGAAAUAUCUGAAGAUGACUUUGAAAAUAAAUUCGAAAAUGACUGCGCGUUCGCAACAGAGGGUAUUAUAUUUACAAAUGAAAUAACCAAUAAUGAAACAUGUUCUGUGAGUGAAGAUGUUGAAACAGAUACAAAAAUCGAUACAGAAAGUGAUUCGAUCGGUGAUAUGAAUGAUUUCGUUCAGGAAGAUCCCGUCGACAAACACAGAGAAGGUAAAACUAUUGAUGAAGAAUCCUGGAUUGAAGACGUUGCAUGUGUAGAGACCGUAUUUAGUGACAACAUUGCGGAAAAUAUAGUUCUUGAUGCACCAUAUUCUCCGAGUGACAGUGUAUUAGACUUUGAAAUGGAAGAGAAAAACGAAUCUCUAAUUUAUAAUGACACUGAGAAUAUGGAGAAAAUAAAAUAUAUUUAUGGUAACGAAAUGUGUACUGAUGAUGCCGAGCUUGUAGAAACAUUGUACAGAACGCCGCAAAUGGACGUGACAAAAACACUUAUUCGAAGUGAAUCUCAGUAUUCAGAUGAAAACAAUCGAUAUUACGAUAACGAUUCAUUGGAAAAAGUUUUGUCGGAAUCAAACGAUAGAAGUGAAUAUGAGUCUGAUAUAAAAUGUUAUAACACAAAGAAUAACUCGCCCGAUACAUUGAAAUCGGCGACAGAACACGAUAGAGACAGCCUAAAUUCUAAGUCACCAAUAGAAAACGUUGUGAAUAAUAAAGGCGAUUUCAUUGAUUCAGACUCCGAGGAUAAUUUAGUCCAGUCCUUGGAAAACUCCGUAUGUCAACCAACGCAAUAUGAUACAGUACAUUCAUGUGAAUCUACUUGCGACAGUGCAAUAACUUACCAUCAUAAAGAUGAAAGUCCACGAUAUUCCAGUUCACCCGAAGUAUCCUCUACCACGUCUGAAGAGAAAAGCUGUGGUAUUUUAUUAAAAAUAACAAAGUGCAAUGGAUCCAUAUCAUCGCAAAUUAACGAAUUUAGUACAAAAAGUACAAAUAAAAUAAGUAGUAAAUUGUCUGAAAAUAACGAACUAGUAAAUUAUCCUAGAACACGACCUCUUCUCACAAAAGCCGCACAAAAGUACAUACCCCCUUUGAAAGAAACUAUACGCCAUCUAAAGGUUAAACUACCUUUGCCACAAAAUAGCCUUAAUAAAUUAAAACUUUUAAAAAUAGCAAAAGAAAAACCAAAGUCAGAUGAACGUCAUAUCAAAAGUAACGAUUUGCUCAAACAUCGUUACCCAAAGAAGAAUAAACCAAAGUUUGAAGAUGUCCUUAAAAGCAUAGAUGAAAUCCAAAUAAAAAUGCAUAAAGAAAAAAAUAAAAAACACAAAUACUCUAUUCCUAAAGUAGUUAUUAAGAAAAAUGAAAACGGUGCUCAUUACGCGAGUACUUCGAGCGACAGGGACGCUUACAACCCAGACUUGACUGGAAGAAAAUGGCAACCAUGGGUGUUUAUAGAAAAAAACUAUUUUGUUGACAAAAUGGCUUUAAAUAACAAAGUAAAAGCUAUAUACAGUUAUAGAAAAAACACUUAUGUGUUAGCUGAGAAAUUUCGUAAAUACAAAUCUGUAAAUAACGCAAAGUUUAUUAUAACGCCACCAAAUUUGGAAGACAUAUCUUCUGGUAAAUUGAAAUAUACGAUACGUUUAAAUCACAACUACUGAGGUAGUUUAAGUUGUAAAUUAAACUUUUUCAUUUUAUACUAUUGUAUAGUGAUAGUUAAUCCAAUUAAUAUCCCACCACACAAAGUCGGUUAAACAAAACAUUCCUAAUAUGUUAUAUAUCCCAUAGUUACCCAAUUUAUUUAUCAAUAUUAUAGAUGUUAGCACUGAAGCCAAAAUUUUAAUGUGAUCGUAAUAACAAAGAAAUAUUUAGGUACUUUAUUUGUAGUGCAAUUUGAUCAGAUCUGUAUUUUGUUGUUUUAUUUCAAAUUUUAUAUAUAUAUAUAGUUUUUGUUCUAUCAUUCCAUUAGUGAUCGUUUUAUUAAAAUUGUGUCCAAAAAACAAGUUUAUAUGUAUAUGUUGCUGAUAAU